AUGAAAAGGCAAAACCAAAGCUCUGUAGUUGAAUUCAUACUCUUGGGAUUUUCUAACUUUCCUGAAGUCCAAGAACAGCUAUUUAGGAUUUUCAUCCUUAUUUAUAUGGUGACACUGCUGGGAAAUGCCCUAAUCUUCAUCAUCAUCUACCAGGAUCAGAGCCUUCAUGUCCCCAUGUACUUGUUCAUCCAGAACUUAUCUGUGGUGGAAGUGAGUUUCAGUGCAGCCAUUAUGCCUGAAAUGCUGGUGGUCCUCUCCACAGAAAGAGCGACAAUUUCUUUUGCUGGUUGUUUUGUACAGAUGUAUUGCAUUCUUUUUUUUGGUGUGACAGAAUGUUUUCUUCUGGGGGCAAUGGCUUAUGACCGAUUUGCUGCAAUCUGCCAUCCUCUGAGCUACCCAAUGAUUAUGAACAAAAGAGUUUUUGUGAAAUUAGUGAUUUCUUUAUGGACCUUGAGUUUCAUGAUAGCCAGUAUGCAAACCCCAUGGGUGUUUAGUUUUCCUUUUUGUGGUCCCAAUGAAAUCAAUCAUCUUUUCUGUGAAACCCCUCCAGUGUUAGAGCUUGCAUGUGCAGACACCUCCUUCUUUGAAAUUUAUGCAUUCACUGGCACCAUUUUAAUUGUUAUGGUUCCUUUCUUGCUGAUACUCUUAUCCUACAUUCGAAUUCUUUUUGCCAUCCUGAAGAUGGCAUCAACCACAGGGAGGCAAAAGGCCUUUUCCACCUGUGCCUCCCAUCUCACAUCUGUGACCCUCUUCUACAGCACAGCCAUUAUGACUUAUUUACAGCCCAAAUCUAGCUACUCCCCAGAAACCAAAAUACUGAUGUCAUUGUCUUACUCAUUACUCACUCCUCUGCUGAAUCCACUGAUCUACAGCUUGCGAAACCGUGAGAUGAAAAGAGCCUUGGUGAAAUUAUGGCAAAGGAAACUGGUUUUACACAUAGUUUGA